CGGUGGUCGACACUGCCUUCUCCUCUGUCCUCACGUGGCCUCCCUCUGUGCUCUUCCUGGGGUCUCUCCCAGAAGGACGCCAGCCCUUUGGGAUCAGGACCCACCCCUCUGACCCCAUCUAAACUUUACCAGCACCCCAGAGGCCCCGUCUCCACAAACAGCCAUGUUGGAGGUCAGGGAUUCAACACGUGGAUUUGGGGGCACGGUUCAGCUCCUAACACCUGCUGUGCUCACACACCAGCACACCCCUGCUUUUGCACUCGUAUGCACUCAUAUGCACUCACAUACUCCUGCACACCGGCACAUGCUCCCACACGCAUGCUCACCAUGUGGGCACAGGUGCCCUCAAAGCUCUUGACCACUGCCUCAGCCUGAGCCAGGUUUGGACACUUGGGCCAGGCGCCAUGCCCUGGAGUCUGGGGCACUGCUGAUCUUACCCCUGAGCCUAUGCCCAGUAGAGAGUCCAGAUGGUGAGAGGCCUGUCUCCUGAGCAGUGUGCUGCCUCAGUUUAUCCCUAUGUUCUGUGCACCCCUUUGCUUGGGGGUGAGGGUUGGCAUGAAUGUAGCCUUUUGUGGGGGGCAUUGCAGGGGCAGCUACCUGCUCGUCCUGAGGGGUCUGCCCUGCCCUGUACAGGGAGAGGGGGUGCCCAGAAGGAGCAAGCUUGUGGAGGGGCCCGAAGACUACCCUCAUCCAAACGGCUUGGUUGGGCUGGGCAGAGCAGGAGGGUACCCAGUGUGCCCAGCCGAAGGGACUCCACGUCCCCGGUGAGAUGGGGGCAGGAGGGGUCCAGUGUGUGGGGGCGCGGACUAGAUGUGCAGGCCCUGGUAGGGGUCAGGCGGCUGCGGGUCCUCCCUUUGGCCCCAGGUCUGCUGCCAGCCGGCUGAGCCUGAGGCUACUGGGCGUAGUUGAGGGGAUGAGGGCCCUGCGGCCCAGGGCAGGGGAGAAGCCCACAGCCUGGACGGUUGCUUCCCAGACCAGCCGUCUUCCUGCCGCCGGCCCAGGUCAGGGGUCCUCAGCCCUUCCUGGGCCUCCUUCCUCCUGGUCCCCUCCCCCUCUCUCCCUCCCACCCCUCCUCCGCAGCCCUUAUAGCCACAUCCUCCAAGGAAAAACCCCAGACUCCUGCACCGCCCGCGGAGAUGAGAAUGUUCGUGGAGGCCCAGAGGCUUAGGGGGCCUCACUCAGCCCUCCUGCUCCUGGGACUCGUGCUGGGCGCUGCAGCCCAGCUCAACUGUGUGGGGGACGCCUACCCCAAAGACGGCAGGUGCUGUCGUGACUGCCUGCCGGGUUUUGGGAUGGAGAGCCGCUGCAGCAAAGGCCAGGACACCGAGUGCCUCCCGUGUCGGCCUGGCUUCUACAACGAGGCUACGAACUACGAACCCUGCAAACCCUGCACGCAGUGCAAUCAGAGAAGUGGGAGCGAACCCAAGCGGAGGUGCACACCCACACAGGACACUGUCUGUAGCUGUAAGCCAGGCACAGAGCCCCAGGACGGCUUCAAGCGUGGAGUUGACUGUGCCCCGUGCCCACCGGGACACUUCUCCCCAGGUGACGACCAGGCCUGCAAGCCCUGGACCAACUGUACCUUGAUGGGAAAGCGCACGGUGCAGCCAGCCAGCAAAAGCUCGGACGCUGUCUGUGAGGACAGGAGCCCCCCAGCCACACUGCCGUGGGAGACCCAGCAGCCCCCAGCCUGGCCCCCCACCACCCAUCCCACCACGGCCUGGGCCAGGGCCCCACAGGAGCCCUUCACACCCCCUACAGAGCCCCCCAGGGGCCCCCAGCUGGCUGUUGUCCUGGGCCUGGGCCUGGGCCUGCUUGCCCCUGUGGCCGCCGCGCUGGCCCUGCUCCUGCACCACCGAGCCUGGCGGCUGCCCCCUACUGGAAAUGGCUUCCGGACCCCCAUCCAAGAGGAGCAUGCCGACACCAACUCCACCCUGGCCAAGAUCUGAGCAGCGUGCUCCCACCCCAGGCUGGGGGCCCAGAGGGUCUGCUAGACAUUGAGGGGCAUUGGGGGUGCCCCCAGGCGCAGGCCGCCGCCCCCCCA